GCAAGUCGCGGAAGCGGAAGUGGCGCUGCGGAGCGUGGCCCCCGCUGGCCCAGGCCCCACGUGUGCGAACCGCUAACGAUGGAAGUUAAAGGGGGGAAAAAAGUCACAGGAAAAGGUGCGAAGACACCACAAGUGAAAAACAAAUUUCAUAAAACCAGCGAUCCUGGUUCGUCAAAGAGCUUUCCGAGAAAAGUUGUCAAGGAAGGUGGAUCUAAGAACUUCGAGAAAUGUGCCACAAAACCCGGGAAAAAAGGCGUAAAGCAGUUCAAAAAUAAGCAGCAAGGGGAUAAAAUACCAAAGAACAAAUUCCAGCAGGCAAAUAAAUUCAGCAGGAAGAGAAAGUUCCAGGCGGACGGUAAAGGCGGCGAAUCAGCAGCCAAGAAACCCAAGUGGGAUGACUUCAAAAAGAAGAAGAAGGAACUGAAACAAAGCAGACAACUUAACGAUAAGACCAACUAUGACGUCGUCGUGCGCGCGAAGCAGAUUUGGGAGAUCUUACGACGGAAAGACUGUGACAAAGAAAAGAGAGUCAAGUUGAUGGGUGAUUUGCAGAAGCUGAUUCAAGGGAAAAUUAAAACAAUGGCGUUUGCACACGACUCCACGCGCGUGGUCCAGUGUUACAUCCGCUAUGGAAGCGUCGAGCAGCGCCAGCACGCCUUUGAGGAGCUGCGAGAUGAUUUCGUCCAGUUGAGUAAAGCUAAAUAUUCCAGAAAUAUUGUUAAGAAAUUUCUCAUGUACGGGAGCAAGCCGCAGGCCGCCGAGAUCAUGCGCAGCUUCAGAGGGCAGGUGCGGAAGCUGCUGCGGCACGCCGAGGCGUCGGCCGUCCUGGAGUGCGCCUACAACGACCGGGCGGUCCUGGAGCAGAGGACCAUGCUGACGGAGGAGCUCUACGGGAACACCUUCCAGCUCUACAAGUCCGCAGAUCACCCGACUCUGGACAAAGUCUUAGAGGUACAGCCAGAAAAACUAGAGCUUAUCAUGGAUGAAAUGAAGCAGAUUCUCACUCCAAUGGCCCAAAAGGAAGCUGUGAUUAAGCACUCACUGGUGCACAAAGUAUUCCUGGACUUUUUUACCUAUGCACCCGCCAAGCUAAGAUCAGAAAUGAUCGAAGCCAUCCGCGAGGCGGUGAUAUACCUGGCGCACACACACGAUGGCGCCCGAGUGGCCAUGCACUGCCUGUGGCACGGCACGCCCAAGGACAGGAAAGUGAUUGUGAAAACUAUGAAGACUUACGUUGAAAAGGUGGCUAAUGGUCAGUCCUCCCACCUGGUCCUGCUGGCCGCGUUCGACUGUAUCGACGAUACUAAGCUGGUGAAGCAGAUAAUCAUAUCAGAAAUUAUUAGUUCCUUGCCUAACAUAAUAAAUGACAAAUACGGAAGGAAGGUCCUCUUGUAUUUACUGAGCCCCAGAGAUCCUGCACACAUGGUGCGGGAAAUUAUUGAGGUUCUGCAGAAAGGAGAUGGGAACGCACACAGUAAGAAGGACACGGCGACCCGCCGGCGCGAGCUCCUGGAGUCGGUGUCCCCGGCCCUGCUGGGAUACCUGCAGGACCACGCCCGCGAGCUGGUGCUGGACAAGUCUGCGUGCGUGCUGGUGUCCGGCAUCCUGGGAGCUGCCGUCGGAGACGUCCAGCCCGCCAUGCACGCCGUCGCCGGCUUGGCGGCGGCGGAGCUGCACCCAGGCGGCCAGGAUGGAGAGCUCCACGUCGCAGAGCAUCCUGCCGGACACCUCGUUCUGAAGUGGCUAAUAGAACAAGAUAAGAAGAUGAAGGAAAGUGGAAGAGAAGGUUGUUUUGCAAAAACCCUUGUGGAGCAUGUUGGUAUGAAGAACCUGAGGUCCUGGGCUGGCGUGAACCGAGGGGCCAUCGUGCUUUCUAGCCUUCUCCAGAGCUCUGACCAGGAAGUUGCAAACAAAGUCAAGGCUGGACUGAAAAGCCUGAUUCCCACAUUGGAGAAAAACAAAAAUACCAGCAAAGGGAUUGAAACACUGCUUGAGAAACUGGCUGCGUAGCGGCAACAGUUAAGAACAACGUGAAAUCAUUUUUCCUGUUCUCUUUUCCCGGAGUGGGACGGAAGGGCCAGGGUCCAGCGUCCUGGGAAUCCGGGGGCCGUGUGGAAGUGUUUCUUCUUUGUAUACGAGUCUAUUUAUAAAACAGUUUCUAAAAAUGGUCUUUUUAAAAGAUUUUUUAAAUCCCA